AUGUUGGGGCCCCUGGUUGCAACAGAGGUGUGGGUGGGGCUGGGCAAUCGGGACCCAAGCAGGUGUGGAGUCAACCAGGGGCCCGGAGCGCUGGCCGCAAAGAGAGGGUCUAAGCAUCCAGUGCAGAGAGCCGGGGUGGAGGUGGGCAGGCCCGAAGGACCGGGCCAGGACCCAGGAAGUGUACGCUGGAGCCGGAUCCUUCCUGAGAACCGACAGGGGAUCCCCGGGAAGCGCGGGCGGGCGGAGGAUUGGCCCCCAGGGCCCGGGUGCGGAGGGCACGGACCCGCCUACGGAGGCCCAGGCCGGCCCCUCCGGGCGGGCAACCAGCCAGCGGCCGAGGCGGAAGUCACCGGGCCCGGGCUCGCCGUUCAGCUCGCGGCUCGACCUGAGCCUCCCAGAGCCGCUCCUGCUCCUGCCUCCUCGGGUCCCCUCCGCGUCCCGUCCCCGCCCCCGCCCAGCGCGCCCCGGCCAGGCCCGUGCCCUCACCUGCGCACCGCCCGCCGGGCCCCGGCGCCUCCCGCUCCGCCUCCCCGACGCUCCCGGCCCAGAGUUCUGGCCCCGCCUAGAGACGCCAGUUCCGCCCGCUUCGCGCCGCCGCUCUUGGCCUGGAGCCACCAGCCGGCGCCUGGCUCCCUAAGGCCAGACACUCCGCCCGCCCAGCAGCUCCGCCUGACUGCCCGCCGGGUGAUGUCCCAUCCCUGA